AUGCAGUCUUUUCCUCCAUCGUUUUUGGUCAUCGCGUUCGCACUUUUGACCCUCGUAGCAGUUGGCGCUCCUCUCGAGAACCCCACGAAACAAGAUGAGCAAGCUCAGAUCCAUACAUCGCUAUCGAGAGUGCCCGCAUUGCGACUGCGUGUUACCCUCACGGGGAGGAACAUGAACAUCCACGGUCAAUCUACCUUUGAAGUAUACGCAAAUCCAGUCGUGUCUGAGGACAACUCACUGCGAUACGACGGCUUCGCCGACUUCGUCCAGGACAACUCCAGAUUCAGCUACAUGCUCGUGGAUGGCGUGUCGUACAUGGUGGAAACCUCUAUUAGCGACAGUGCUUCAACAACCGCGCAAAAGGUGCAUUGUCUUCCGUCGAUCUUGCCAUUCGAGAACAUGCUGCCAGCACUCAACAGCAUCAGUCCAAUUCCAAGUGCGUCCAUCGGUGGGAAAGCUGUCGAGUGUCCAAAUGAUUCGCUGUUCCAAACAUACUUUGGUGGAGUUCAGUUCGUUUUGUGUUCAUCGGGCUCUUCGGGUUUCACAGCGUACGGACUUGAUGUGACAAUGUCAGCGGAAUAUCUGCAGAAUCCGAUCCGUAACAUGUCGGUAGCAAUGCUGAAGGACGUUAGAUCGUGUCCUGUUGUUGUUAAGUCUGCUCCAGUCACCUCAGCAGGUCUCGCACUGCUUACCGGUGAAGCUCUUCCGCCCGUGUCUAGAAAUCUGAAAGAAGCUAUAUCUAUAUCAAUCCAGGAGGACCGAUGCGAGUGUAAGUCAACCCCACGCCCGUGUAUCUUCCUGCAUGGUUUGGGUAACCCAAACGAGAGGCCAGACCUUCAAGACUCGCCCAAGUUGACUAAAGAAAAGUUCGGAGAUAUCGGAGAUCACGCUCCGUGUUGCACUACGGUCAAAUACGCGGUUUUAAACACCAAUGACGCUGGAUGGACGGACGACACACUAAUGCAGAAGUUCUGUAACUUCUCGUUGUCAAUGAGCGCUACCAGUGACGCGGCAUCAGGUACCAUCUCAGAUACUAUUAUUGUGACGCAUUCGAUGGGUGGAGUGGUGAUGGCGAAUGCUCUCGCUACUGGGAAGUGUAAAUUCGCUGACACCACGUCGUGGGUGAGUCUUAGUGCACCGAUGAAAGGCAGCAUGGCUGGAGACUAUAUCCAAGAAUUGUGUGACGAUGAGGCCAGUACAAUUGCAGCCCCGUUACUGCAAUGGGUGGGCCAGUGUUCUGUCUUCGCUGCUCGUAAAUCAAUCUCUGACGAAGGCGGAAAAUACAGCAACCCGGCUCUAGAUGCAGCAUACAAAAAGGCUCAAGAGGCUUAUCGCUUGAAUGUGGAUGCAGCCAUGUGCAGCGACUUCUACGAUGGCGUCUUGUCGAAAUUCUACCUUUCGUGCAUUGUUGGAGGCACAGUGAUUCCACAUAAAUCAUCGAAAAACGACGGUCUAGUGGAGUUCCAGAGCUGCUUGGGAGGUCUCGAUCCAAAUAUGUUCGGAGAUAGCUAUGAGUACAAGUUUUACAGGCCGGUGUUGAACCACGCAGAUACGGCAUUUUUGACCCAUGAUAGUCUUUUUAGAGACUCGCAAAAACCAUUCAAGUGGUUCGAGUGUCUACUAUGA